GUGUGCUCUUGGCUCCCUUUACAGGCUCAUAAUGUCGGAUUUGGACGUCUUUGCUGCUAUGGGCAUCGCCGGAUUUGGCAAGAAGACGAAGCAGCGUCAACUUGAUCCCAACCGGUUCGAGAAGAACAAGAGGGGAGAUACGGGAGCCCCUUCGAUCUCUACCGCCGCGGCUGUGAAGUCAGAGGACAGCGCUGUUCCGGGACCCAGCUCCCCUUCAGCCACUCCGCAAGCAAAGUCAGACGAGCCCGAGUUUGACCCAGAUGAGGUUGGGCCCCCUCCUCCGCCCAAGGCGGAUGGCAACGCAGAGGAAGAGCCCGAGUUUGAUGUAUCCGACGACGAGCCUGAGGAGGCGCAGUUUCCCAUCUCGCAUGAAAUCCUCCUCAAGGACCACACGAAGGUCGUCUCCGCCCUGACCAUGGACCCCUCUGGUGCGCGAGUGUUGUCUGGGUCCCAUGACUACGACUGUAAGCUGUGGGACUUUGGUGGAAUGGACUGGAGGUGUAAGCCGUUCAAGACUUGGGAACCUGCUGGCUCUUACUAUAUACAUGAUGUGAAGUUCUCGAACGAUGGGCAGCAGUUCUUGGUCAUCUCUGGGACGACGCAGGCGAAGCUUUAUGACCGGGACGGCGAAGAACUGGCCACCUUCAUUAAGGGCGAUCAAUACAUUCGUGACAUGAAGAACACUGCCGGACACGUCGCAGAAUUGACGUCUUGCGCGUGGCAUCCGAAGGAUUCUCAGACGUUCAUUACUGGUUCCUUCGAUUCAACGAUACGUAUCUGGGACGUCGAGAACAAGCGGAAGCAGAAGACGGUGAUUGUCGUUAAAUCGAAGGAGAGAGGUGCGCGCACAAAGGUGAAUGCGUGUGCGUACUCUCCCGACGGCGGCCUAAUAGGUGGUGCCUGCUUUGACGGAGCGCUGCACAUGUGGCAGACCAAAUCUAACUUUGUGCGUCCGAGCAUGACAAUCGAAGGCGCGCAUGCCAAAGGCUCUGAGACGGGCUCCCUUGUUUUCUCUGUUGACGGUCGGACUGUUCUUACUCGUGGUGGAGACGAUACUGUGAAACUAUGGGAUCUGCGAUCGUUCAAGAAGCCCCUUGUUGUGCGCUCUGGCCUUGCGACGCUGUAUCCGAACACAAAUGCCAUCUUCAGUCCAGACAACAAGUAUGUCGUUACCGGGGCAGGUGCGGCGACGAAGGGUGGCAAGGGCCAUUUGCUGUUCAUGCAAAAGGACACUCUUGAGACAGUCAAGGACCUUGAAGUUGAUACGACGCCUGUCAAAGUGUUUUGGCACUCAAAGAUCAACCAGAUCGUCACGGGUUUGUCAAGCGGGCAAAUAUGCGUUUUGUAUUCGCCGGAUAUGUCGGCCAACGGCGCGAAGCUCCUUCUCAACAAAGGACCACCAAGGAAGGCCACGAUCGAGGACAUGUCGGACGCCGUGGCAGCGCCUACUAUCAUCACGCCACACGCUUUGCCUAUGUUCCGCGACAGCGAGGUCGGUCGCAGCACAAAACGCAAGCGGGAGAAGGAGCGUAUGGACCCCAGGAAAAGUCGGAGACCGGAGCUGCCUGUCACUGGCCCUGGCCGCGGAGGACGUGUUGGGGCAAGCGCGACGCAGCACGUCGUGCAGAACCUGGUCCGAGACACGACGAGAGACGAAGACCCACGUGAGGCGCUGCUCAAGCUGGCCGCGACCGCCGACGAGAAUCCGGUUUGGACCGCAGCUUGGCGCGCGAACCAGCCAAAGCCUGUCUUCGCCCCCACCGAGGAAGGGCAGGAGGAGGGCGAAAAGGACUAA